AUGUUGGCUAGUCGCCUGCUCAGUCGGGCGUCUGCUUUUUCGCCUUCUGUGCGAUGCGGCUCCCCGGCCGGCGCGCAGAGAUUCAUCGCCAACCUUCCGUACCACUCACAGCUUCCGUCGCCUCCUCCUCGCGAGUACAACCCAGACGGGUCACCCAAGGUCUACCGCCUCAACCAGAUCAGCUAUGACCACAGCUACGACUGGGAACGCUGGUACUUUGUCCCUGUUGGAGUUUUCCACACCGCCUACCGCGGGGUCUUUGCGAGAGACUCCCGCCCCCUCCAAGCCUGGCUUCUCCAGUACCACACCGCUGUUAUUGCCCUCCCAGCUUUUCUGUUGGUCACUUUCCUUACCUUUGUCUUCAGCAGUGUCGGCCUCUACGGCAUCCGGCCUAAGCGGUUCACGAUUGAGUGGAUGCUGGCGAGCAAGGAGCGUGACAGAGCGGAAAACUCCAACCCAUGCACCCGCUACCUGGAUCGCAGACGCAAGGAGCGUGGCCCCAACUGGAUCGUGGAGGACUACCUGCCCUACCAUCCAUUCUUCAUGAACAUGAGCAAGUUCCACCACGACACGGAGUACCGCAAGUGGAAAGGAGAGGCGGAGGAGCAGGUUUCCGUAUAA